CACCGGGCCGCGGCUUGCGGCAGUUGGCGGCGAGCAGCGGUGCAGGUAGGAGCUCCGUAGCUCUGCUGUACGAGGCGGCUUCGGCGGCGUUUCCCCCGCCGGGAAUUGAGCCCAGCCGGGUUGCACCGACUGUCCGUGCGUGCCCCCGCGGCGGGGGGUUGAGGAGGGCCUGCCUGCCCGCGCGGGCUCGUCUCGCCACGGUGUCCUGUGAGAAGCGAGAGGAAGCGGGAGGCGGCCGUGGGCAGGAGGGCGCUGCCAUCGUCCUACUGCAGGGCAAGGCCAACUUGGCGAGCUUGGCCAUGGCUGCCAUCCGCAAGAAGCUGGUGGUGGUGGGGGACGGUGCCUGCGGCAAGACCUGCCUGCUCAUCGUCUUCAGCAAGGAUGAGUUCCCUGAGGUCUACGUGCCCACCGUCUUUGAGAACUACGUGGCUGACAUCGAGGUGGACGGCAAGCAGGUGGAGCUGGCCCUGUGGGACACGGCUGGCCAGGAGGACUAUGACCGCCUGCGCCCUCUCUCCUACCCAGACACCGAUGUGAUCCUCAUGUGCUUCUCUGUGGACAGCCCGGACUCGCUGGAGAACAUCCCAGAGAAGUGGGUGCCUGAGGUCAAGCACUUCUGCCCCAACGUCCCCAUCAUCCUGGUGGCCAACAAGAAAGACCUGCGCAAUGAUGAGCACGUGCGCAACGAGCUGGCCCGCAUGAAGCAGGAGCCGGUGCGCACUGAGGAUGGCCGCGCCAUGGCCAUUCGCAUCCAGGCCUAUGACUACCUGGAGUGCUCAGCCAAGACCAAGGAGGGUGUCCGGGAGGUCUUUGAGACAGCCACCCGGGCGGCCUUGCAGAAGCGCUACGGCACCCAGAACGGCUGCAUCAACUGCUGCAAAGUGCUAUAGGGAGCGGCUGGAGCAUGGUGCUGGGCACAGUGCCUGGGUCACUUGUUGGUGGGUGGAGAGGAGCUGGGUUACACAUGCACACAGCAUCUGUCUGUUCCCUCUGCUGGGGGCUGGCGAUGAAUUGGGGUGGGGGUUAAGGGAGGGGGCCUGCUCCCUUAGCCUUGGCCAAAAAGGGUUGUGCUGGCUCAGCUGUGGGGACAGAGGGAGGGGGGUUGCAUGCCCUGAGUUUUGGGAAUUGGAGAGAAGCCUUCUCCUUUGCUGGCCCCUGUGAGGCCUGCGAGGUAAUCGCUGACUCAAUGACAAAUGCUGGGACUGGACUGAGCAAACACUGCGCCUGGCUCUUCCCCGUUGCCCACCACCUGCUGCUCCCAGCCCCCAGAUGGCCUCCUCUCUUUUGCAAGAGGAGAACAGUGGAGCUGAGAUGCUUCAAGGGACUGGUGCCUCCUGCGUGCAUGUGCCUCCCCUGAGGCAGGCUGGGGAAGGGCUGCGUCUCUUGGGCUGCCUGCGGCGUCCUCGCCUCCCCGGUGGGUGUUCUGACCUGCUGCAGAAGUUAGUGCCCUGAGGACCGGGGAGGGGAGGGUCAUCCCGAGCAAAGCCUGUAUAUAUCUUACUUUUUUUUCUGUCUUGUGCAAAACUGGGGUAGUGCAGGGGGUGCUUAUUUAAAGUGAGGUGGGGAGGGGGUGCCCAGCUGGGACUUGUGUUGUGCAAAGGAACUUGCCCGAGGCGAGCUGGUGCCUGCUGGCAGCACGAGCCUCCAAAUGUUUCCAGCUGUGAGCUGGAAAGUGAAGCUGGACUGCUCCGUCCUCCUUGCUGGACAUCCUGCUCUCGAUGGACAAGGCAGGAUGAGCAAGGGGAGGGGGUCAUAUCGCCAUAUUAUGAUCUUGGUGCCUGCUCCUUCAUUUAGUGUUGUCUUCUGCAGAUACGUUGAUUGGGAUUUAUUUAAGUUUCUUUUCAAAAGAAGUUACUUUGCACAACUUGGAUUUUUUUUUUUUUGAAUUAAACACUCAAUGCACUUGUCAUCUGCGUACAACACUGUAGCAUUGGAAACACUCAGCAACCUCAUCUGGGCCUUGUUUUUAAAAUUGUGACUUCAACACAAGCGUAAAUAAAACCACUGUAUCUUUUUGCCUUGAAAAAAUGGGUGAAAACACUGUUCCUUAUGCAUUGAGUACAUCAGACUUUAAUACUAAAGGGCAGUUUAAAGAAUUUAGGUUUAUUUAAAACUUAUUUUCACAGGGUAGCAGACCUGGGUGAAAAUAAUCUUGCGUUUCUCUGGUUCAGAGAACAAAUUUAUCCAUUUAUGUUUGUUUACUUUUUCCCCUUCUUCCCUCAACAGUGGUACUGAGACUGUUUGUUUUUGUUUUUAAUAAAAUGACAUGGCAAAAACUGAGAUGUAUAUGAUGUUUACAUAAAAUUAUGAACUGUGUAUGCAGUUUUUUUAUGUAAAGUAUUAAAAGAUUCUAUGCUGACA